AGAAGCUUGAGCCAUCACGCUCACCGUACUGGUUGCGUGUCCAACAUUUCGCGCGAGUUUUGAUGUAGGAAAAUUACUGUUGGCGUAAACUGUAGGGUUUUUCGCUUUAAAGGGUUUACAUUAACAUCUCAGUGGAAGCGCUGUGUUUAAGCUGAACAGGACGAUCAUGUAAGGUUUCAAACAUUCACAUAGAGGAAACACCAAACAUGAGGAGAAGCCUGGCUCCCAGUCAGCUGGCUAAACGCAAACCAGCCGGAGAGGCCUGCGGUGAAGGGGGGCACACAGGAAACACCGAGAAAAGAAGGAAAGUGGAGGGGAUGAGGGAGAGUCACAUUUCUCCUUGCAGGAAACCUCUGACACAACUUAACAAGUGGCCUGGAUGCAUGGAAGCUGACAGACAUGAGUCAUUUAUCCGGAGCAUUCUCUCCAAGCCUUUUAAAAUUCCCAUUCCCAAUUACACAGGUUCACUAGGAAGCAAAGCACUUGGCCUAAAGCAUACAGGAGUAAGGAAAUCACUCCAUGAUCCAUUUGCAGAAGAUGCUUUGGUUCUUUAUGAGCCGCCGACUCUGAGCGCUCAUGAUCUGAUCAAAGCUGACAAGGAAAAGCUUCCAGUUCAUGUUGUUGUGGAUCCAGUAUUGGGAAAAGUUCUCAGACCCCAUCAGAGAGAGGGAGUGAAGUUCCUUUGGGACUGUGUGACUGGCAGACGCAUCCCUGGAUCCUACGGCUGCAUCAUGGCUGAUGAGAUGGGCCUGGGAAAGACUUUGCAGUGUAUCACUCUCAUGUGGACCUUGCUACGCCAGAGCCUUAAUGCCAAACCAGAGAUAAACAAGGCAAUUGUGGUUUCACCAUCUAGUCUGGUUCGGAACUGGUAUAAUGAAGUAGGAAAGUGGCUUGGAGGUCGCAUUUCACCAGUGGCAAUCGAUGGGGGCUCAAAGGAGGAUAUUGAUAAGCAGCUAGUGCACUUCAUCUCUCAGCAUGGUUUGAAAGUAGCAACACCCAUCCUGAUCAUUUCUUAUGAGACAUUUCGACUUCAUGCUGAUGUCCUGCACAGGGGCAAAGUCGGACUUGUGAUCUGUGAUGAGGGGCAUCGACUGAAGAAUGCUGACAACCAGACUUACCAGGCUCUCCAUGCUAUGAAUGCCCAGCGGAGAGUGCUGAUAUCAGGCACUCCAAUCCAGAACGACCUGCUGGAGUAUUUCAGUCUGGUCCAUUUUGUAAAUGCUGGAAUCCUUGGUACUGCCCAGGAGUUUAAGAAGCGAUUCGAGCUUCCCAUUCUGAAGGGUAGGGAUGCAGACGCCAGUAACAGAGAUAGAGAGGAAGGAGAAAAAAAACUCAAGGAACUCAUCAGCAUCGUCAACAGGUGUUUGAUUAGGAGAACAUCAGAUAUCCUGUCAAAGUAUCUUCCUGUGAAAAUUGAGCAAGUUGUGUGCUGCAAACUAACUCCUUUGCAGAUCGAACUGUACAAGCGCUUUCUGAAACAGGCCAAACCCACAGAGACAUUGCAAGAAGGCAGAAUCAAUGUCUCCUCACUGUCUUCUAUCACAUCUCUCAAGAAGCUGUGUAACCACCCAGCUCUCAUUUAUGACAAGUGUGUUGAAGAGGAGGAGGGCUUUGAGGGCGCACUCGAUCUGUUUCCUCCUGGUUACUCCACUAAAGCACUCGAACCUCAGCUGUCUGGUAAAAUGGUGACUCUCGACUACAUUUUGGCUGUGACAAGAUCCACAACUGGUGACAAAGUGGUGCUGGUCUCCAACUAUACUCAAACACUGGACCUCUUUGAAAAGUUGUGCAGAUUUAGAAGGUACCUCUAUGUUAGACUGGAUGGCACAAUGUCUAUCAAGAAAAGGGCUAAGAUCGUGGAAAAAUUCAACAGUCCACAAAACCCUGAAUUUAUUUUCAUGCUGAGCAGCAAGGCGGGUGGAUGUGGCCUCAAUCUGAUUGGUGCCAAUCGCUUGGUAAUGUUUGAUCCAGACUGGAAUCCAGCCAAUGAUGAGCAGGCAAUGGCUCGUGUGUGGAGAGAUGGCCAGAAGAAGACCUGUUACAUCUACAGACUGAUCUCUACUGGAACCAUUGAGGAGAAGAUCCUGCAGAGACAAGCCCAUAAAAAAGCCCUGAGCAGCUGUGUGGUGGAUGAGGAGCAGGAUGUGGAGCGUCACUUUUCUCUAGGCCAACUUAGAGAACUCUUCACACUCAAUGAAGAAACAGCCAGUGACACACAUGACAAGUAAGGAGAAAUCAUGUUGAA